AUGAAGUUCACCGCCGCCCUUCUUGCCCUUCCCCUCGCCGCCAGCGCCUGGAAAGUCACCACCGGUUACUGGGCCAGCUCCGAGGUCGAUUACUGCACUUCCGCAACCCUGGCCAAGGGUCUCGAAGUAACCGUCAGCGAACUGCCCAAGAACCAGAAGGUUAUGUUAUUCUCGGACGCCGAUUGCGAGGACCUCGAAUUCUCGAUUGCAGAGGCCGGCACCACCGCGCUGCCGACGGAUAUCAAGAGCUUCCAGGUGUUGGAGUUUGAGCCCAACACGAAGCGCAAGGAUUUGAAGUAA